AUGCUAUCUGGCGUGCGCCGUUUUCUCCCUACUGGAUUGUCGAAGAAAUCUUCCCCCAAACUUGAAGUGCUUUUGUACUUCGCUCAAGAAGGAAACGUUCUUCAACAGCGAUAUUCUCUUGUACGCCAGUUAGGAGAAGGUUUUGGAAGACGUUCUACAGUGUGGCUCUCUAAGGACUUGGUAACCGGGAACGACGUGGUGCUCAAAAUAACUGGCGCGGACUCGACGGAUGCAGGAAAGUAUUCACAGCUUGAGGCCGUUUUUCUCGACAAGGUUCGUCAAGUGCGCAACACAACCGAGCAACAACAUGUUAUUCACAUGCUGGACCACUUCCCUCUUAUCAGUGCCCACGGUCUCCACUGUUGCCUCGUCCUUGAGCCUCUUGGCCUAUCCAUAGAAGAACUAACUCGGCGGACGUUGCCAAACAAGUUCCCUAUACCUAUGUGCAGACAGAUAAUCAAGCAAACUUUGUUGGGUUUAGAUUACCUCCAUCGUCGAUGCGGGAUAGUUCAUACGGACUUGAAACUGGACAAUUUUCUCUUGCGCCCGAGCGACACCAGAGGGAUUCCCACUCUAGGAGGUUCGAAUUCACUGAAGAUUGAUUUAUCGCAGGUCUCUCUCGGGCCAUCUGCAGUUGUCAUAAGUGACCUUGGUGUCGCCAGUCAUAUAGAAAAACCGUUCAAAGGGGUCAUACAGCCUUUCGCUCUGCGCGCCCCAGAGGUUUAUUUAGGAAUACCGUAUGGUUCAUCCGCCGAUAUAUGGAGCAUGGGCUGCCUAUCAUUCCAACUUGUCACGUAUUGCUGGCUCUUCAACCCCAAAGCAGGAGCCCGGUGGUCACAAGACGACGAUAUUCUAGGGCAAAUGGUGUCGCUCAAUGGAGUUGAAUCAUUCCCAGUCGAUGUCUUGGCCCGCGGAAAGUUUAGUGAUAAGUAUUUCGACAAGUUCGGCAACCUUCGUGGAUACAACGUCGGAGCGGAUUCUAUCCAAAACAUGCUAGAUUCACGCUUUCGCUUGCAACCUGAGGAUGAACCCGAGCUUUUCGCUGAUAUGCUUUCUCGCAUGCUCCGCCUUCGUCCUGAAGAUCGAGAGUCGGCUUCAGAACUGCUCAGCCACCCUUGGUUACGAGAUGCUUAA